AUGUCUAACCCAGAAUUUCGAAUACCUUCAGCAGACUUCACUUUUAGUACUGAACGCGAUUUAUCAGAUGUAGACGAAUUAGCCUUUCCACAAACUACAAGAUUUUACGGGAGAGACAACGGAUCCUUUGAUUCUGAGUCAUAUCUAACAUCUUCUACAGGUGACGCGGCAGUGGAACAGAAUGGAACAAUUUACAAUUCUCGAAAGGUUUAUCUUAAUCCUCUUUAUAUGCAUGAUGGUGAAAUAAAUUGGUCCAAUACAAAUAAAACUCUGGGAGCAAAAUUUUCCCCAAAUUCUAUAAACGGUUUGGUGUGCUAUGUUUUUGGAAAGGAACCAAAAGAAAAGGGUGAAGAAGCUGAAGAGAUUCUUAAUCAAGAUCAACAAGUUUAUACAUGUCCUCUAAGUGGAACGAUUGAUGACCGGAGGUCGAUAAAAUUUAAAGACGAAAAAGUUCAUUCUGAGUUGUCGACAUUUCAAGAUAUCUCUGCAGUAUGGGAGCUAUGCCGAAUAAUUUAUAUUCCGUCAACAAAACAAGAAUACAAUCAAUUUGGACAACUCUCACUCGAACUUAGAAAAUGGAUAAAUCUUUGUUUUCCUUUACAUCGGUUAGCUGGAGCAAAAACGUUCCUAAAGGGCAUUGACAAAAAUGAUGGAUCAGAGCUUAGCGAUUAUAUUAAGCUUGUGUUAGACAUACUAGAUUCCAGACCACAUGUCGCAGAUCUUGAAUAUCAUGAGUUCAACCUUCGUAGGCAUGAAUGGCUCAGUAAGAUCAGUGACCUUCAGACGAAAAUUCGUGGUGAAAGUUUUUUAGAAGGAAGAAUCUAUGAUAUUUUAAUGAUAUUACGUGGCCAUACAAAAACUAUUAUUGAAAAGAGUUCGUCAUGGCAGGAAGCCCUUGGGGGCCUUGUGUAUCACGGUCGUCCGACAUGUGACGCACAGGAAUUGAAAAAUAUCAUGAAUGUAAUAUUGAAGAGUAUAGACACAGGCAGUACCCCAGUGGAUGAUGCAUUAAUUGAAUUUAUUUUUCGGCGAGUCGAGAAAGGGAUUCAACAUUGCGAACGCAUCGAUUUGUGGUUAUCAGCACAUUUAUCUGAUAUUUUAAAUAAGUUGGAUUUGGUUGGACGAAUUCAUUCACAAAGUUCUCAUCAAAGACAAUCUAAUAUUACAACGCAGCCUGAUGUAGACAUUAGAGAACAUUAUUUGCUUAGUUAUGCCGAAUCUAUGGUGUUUCAUACCACGCUCUGGCAGUUAGGAUUUAAAUAUUUUGAACAGUGUGAACUAUGUGGUUAUUCAUAUAUGUCUCAGCUUGUUGUUAGGAUACCAUUUGAAGACGAAUAUAAAACCAAUAAGUUAUUGAGUAUAUGCAAAGAAAAUGGAUUAACUUUUCAAGAGAAAACUAUUUCAAGGAUUAUGGGUAAAAAAUAUUGGCAAAACGAACGAUACGCGUCUGCGAUAGUAUACUUUAUAAAUGCCGGAGAUACUGCAUCACUGGAAGUAAUUUAUCGUAGGUUUUUGGAUAACUAUAUCGACACGGGUGAAUUAACAUUUUUGAAUACUAUUGAGAGUAUACAACUCGAUGACGAUUCUCCUGUUUCAAUUAAGUUCUUAUCGAGAUAUCGAUUCUUUCACGCCUUGAAGCAGAAUGGUGAAAUACAAAGGGCUGGCACAAUAUUGAUGGAAUUACUAAGAGCACAGGUUGCUCCAAUAAGUUUUUGGCCUGUUUUAUUGCUUAACGCACUACCGUUAUUACAAGGAGGAAAAGCACGCAAAAUGAUAAUCUUUAGUACACAAGAUACACUAGAAAUAUUAAGAAACUUGCAAGAUGUUACGUCGUUCGUAUACCAAGAAGAAUUUUCAGCGUGUAUUGAACGAUUAAAGAAAUGGCAUACUGUAGAGAAUGGAUAUCCAGAAUUAGACAAUAAUUUAACAUCUUUAAGGCUCGCACUUUUACAAAAUUCAGCAGAUUGUUACAUUGAGAAUCCAUCUUCACCAUGGAUGUUUGAAUAA